CCUUAGGAAUAUAUAAGGCAAUUAUAAAAGCCCUUGAACUACACCUAACCCUAUUUUUCCCUUUUUUCUGGUGCUUCCCUUUUAGCUCACCCGUUUCUUCAAGCACACUAGCUAGCUAGAGCAGCUCAUCUUAAGAAUCGUUCCAUAUUCAUGGUUGGUGUUUUAAUCUGAAGCACUAGUAUACUAGUACUAAGGGAAACUAGCAAAUCUCCACACAAGAUAUAUACAUAUAUAGCUAGAUAAUAAGCCAAAAAAAAAGGCACAUUAAAUCAAAAGCUCAAAUAAAAAAGAAAGGUGGAUCGGAGGCAUGGCAAGCGGCCACUUCCUUCAGAAGCAUCGGAGGAGAAAGAGAUCAUCAAAGAAGAUGAUGAUCAUCAGCAGAAUCAGUAUCAGUAUCAACAUCAUCAUUAUCAUGGUUAUGAUCUGCAACCUUCUAAUUGGUCCCACAGUACCGGCUUCUUAUCGGCUAUGGUUGAUUCUGAUCUCACUCAUCAACAUGGCCAUAUUAGUCCAAUAUCGACUAAUCUGGUGCAAUCUACUUCUCCUUCACCCAAUAUCUCUGAUUCUACUAAAAUUAAUGUCAAACAAGAAGCUGCUCAAGAUCCAUCUCAACCGCCUUCUCGAGAUCAAGGGAAUGUGAGAAGACGGCACUAUAGGGGAGUAAGACAAAGACCAUGGGGAAAAUGGGCAGCAGAAAUACGUGAUCCUAAAAAAGCAGCGAGGGUUUGGCUUGGCACUUUUGACACAGCUGAGGAUGCUGCUCUUGCCUAUGACAAAGCAGCUCUAAAAUUCAAAGGCACCAAAGCUAAGCUUAAUUUUCCGGAACGAGUUCAAGGCAAGCCUAAUACGGCCGACUAUGCCUAUCUCACGGAAGGUGGCGGUAGUACUACUACUACUAGAGGUGACAUAGUCGUUCAGUCUCCUCAUCAACAAGAACAAAACCGUGCGGGCUCAGUACAACAAAUUAAUUUUCCUUGUGAUCCAGCUCUACCUCUUCCUUAUCCUACUAGUGCUUUUCCUAAUCCAUGGCCAUCUGAAGCUACUACUUUCCCGGACCUCUACCAUUACGCACAACUUCUAUCAAGCAAUGAUGAUCAUGAGUUGGAUUACCACUCUUCCAAUCUUUUUAAUCAAUCACCUCCCAUUAAUAUUGCUCCCAAUGAUCACUACUUUUCUUCUUCCUCCUCAUUUUUGUCAUCUUCAUCUUCCUCUGAUCAUCAAUAUCCCCAACCCCCCAAACGAGAAGACCAUCAUGGCAAAGACGACUUUGAUGGUACGAGCUAGCCAUAUGUAGCUCUACUUAUAAUUCAAUCACCCAUGUGUUUGUUACAAUAUUAAUUAUAUAUGUCAUACUACUAUUGUGUAUUUUGCUGUUGAAAUUUUCCAUUUGUUUGAA